CACAGGCUCCCUCACUUUUCGUGGGAGAAAGACGGAGGAGAGAGAAAGAGAGAAAGGGAGAGAGAGUGAUUUUAAGUCUCUCUCUGCUCUCUCCGUUUUCGGCACUCAAGCUCACUCCUCAGACUAAAUGGGGCUUUAGCAUCAGGGAUUCAAUAUAAAAUAAAAUAUUUAUUGCCCAUACCCCUAUUUCUAUUUAAAUAUUGUAAAUAAGAUAGGUAGAUAAUUUAUUGAAGAACAGUUCGGAGGGGUGAAGGACGUCUGCCAAGGCGUUUUUAUUUUUUCAGCUCACAGAAAGUUCAGUCGAAUCGACCGACUGACUUUCUGUGAGAAACUGACAGCCUGAUUUGAACCAUUUUUCACAUUCGUAGCCAUACCAAGCCACCGAAGCCUUUCCAAAAAAAAUAUGGAUAUUCCAGAAUGCCUGUUGCAAAAGAAGAGAAGAGCCUGGCGCGUGGACCUUUCCUCCUUCGCCUUGGUGACACUGGCGCUCGCGAUGUUCCAGGUGCCCCUGGCUCGAGCAGACCCAGUGGAUGUCCUGCGGGUGCUGCAGCUGCCCUCUCUCCCUGAGGGAGUACGGAAGGUUCCGGGCUUCUGCACCUCCCGCCGUUCUGGCUCCGCUGACCAGGCCUACCGCAUCACCAAGAAGGCCCAGAUCUCCGCCCCCACCAAGCAGCUCUUUCCAGGUCGGUUCCCGGAGAACUUCUCCAUCAUGGCGCUGGUGAGAGCUCAGGCGGGUCUGCAGGCCUUCCUGCUGUCCAUCUACAGCGAGCAGGGCGUGCAGCAGCUGGGCGUGGAGCUCGGCCGCUCCCCCGUCUUCCUGUACGAGGACCAGACCGGCAAGCCCGCCCCCGAGGACUACCCGCUCUUCAGGGGCAUCAACCUGGCCGACGGCAAGUGGCACCGCGUGGCCAUCUCGGUGCAGAAGAAGAACGUCACCCUGCUGCUGGACUGUAAGAAGCGCAUGACCCGGCCCCUGCCCCGCAGCGAGCGCCCCACGGUGGACACCAAGGGCAUCACCGUCUUCGGGGCGCGCAUCCUGGACGAGGAGGUGUUCCAGGGAGACAUCCAACAGCUGCUGAUCGCGUCCAACCCCCAGGCCGCGUUCGAUUUCUGUGAGCACUACAGCCCGGACUGUGACUCCCCCCUGCCCAGGACUCAGGCCCAGGACCCAAACACCUACCAGAAGAGCAAAGCUGCCAGUGAAAAAACUGAAACUCCAGAGCCCAUCGUGGCUAAGGCCAAACCAGCGGUGGCCAAGCCAACGGCAAAGCCAACACCCAAAUCCAAGCCCGCCGCUGCCGCCGCCGCUGCCACGAACAGCAAUGAGAAAAGCACCAAUGGAAAAAAUGGUGACGUGAAACCGGCCAAUGGCAAAGCCGAGGCUAAAAAACCCCUAGUUGUCAAAAACGGUGAUCCAAAGCCGGCCAAUGGGAAAACCGAAGUUAAAAAACCUUCAGUUGUCAAAAAAGAGCCAAAACCAGCCAAUGGCAAAACUGAAGCUAAAAAAACUAUCGUUGUCAAAAAAGAACCGAAACCGGCCAACGGCAAAACUGAAGCUAAAACACCCCUAGUUGUUAAAAACGGUGAACCGAAACCAACCAAUGGCAAAACCGAAGUUAAAAAACCCCUAGUUGUUAAAAACGGUGAAACAAAACCGACCAAUGGCAAAACCGAAGUUAAAAAACCACUGGUUGCCAAAAAUGGUGAUCCUAAACCAACCAACGGCAAAACCGCCGCUCAGAAACCUGUAGUUGUGAAAACCGGAGACCCAAAACCAGUCAGUGGCAAAAACGGCGAACAGAAAGCCGCCAAUGGAAAAAACGGUGACAGCAAAACUGCAGCCGCCAAAAUUGGCGAUCAGAAAAAGGGCGGCAAGAUAGAGAAGGAGGCGCCAAAGAAACCCGGGGUGACCCCAGUGGCGGCAACGACAGCCCCAGCACUACCCGCGACUGCCGCCCCAGCCCCGGCGGUAACCGUGGCGCCGGUUCCCGCGGCAACCGCCAAAGCUACCAAAAAGCCUAAGAAAGCGCCCACCCCGGCGGCGACCGCUGCCCCCAUCCCGGCAGCGACCCCGGCGCCCCUCCCAGCCGCCACCGUCCCGCCGGUUCCCGUGGCAACCGCCAAAGUCUCUAAAAAAAUCCCCUCCCUCAAGGACGUGCUUAAGAAAGAGGUGACGUCAGCACCGACGGCAGCGCCAACGCAAGCUCCCACCCCAGCACCGACCCCGACGCCAGCUCCCAAAAAGCCUGCCAUAGUCGCCAAAGUAGAAAAGCCUAAAAUGCCCGUAGAGAGCAAGGCAUCGGUUGGCAAAGCAACAGCCAAGUCGGAUUCCAAGUCCGUGAGCCAAUCGGUGACCAAAUCCAUGACCCAAUCAGCGACCAAAUCCGUGAGCCAAUCGGUGACCAAAUCCGUGAGCCAAUCGGCGACCAAAUCCGCGAGCCAAUCGGUGACCAAAUCCGUGAUCAAGUCCGCUUUCGUGAGCAAAAACCUGCCCCCCUUCGGCAAGUCUGUCAUCAGCGGCACCAUUGUCUCCGUACCUGCGCCGGCAAAACCGAAGAAGUCGCCGGGAAACGGUUAUCAACAGGACAUAGAUCCGGCCCAAAGUGAGGCUGGCCCCACCCCCACAGAGGCGGAUUAUUAUUACACCUUAGAGGAGGAGAAGUUCCACCCAGAGAGUGAGGUGAUUGGACGUGAGCCAGCCACGCCCCAGGUGGAGGAGUCCGCGGUAGAGGAGGUGGGUUUGACCAAGGCGGGAGAAGUGGGCGGGGCUCCGGACGAGUCCUUCGCAGAGGAGUACGUCACCGGGGACGUGGGCUUGAAGGAAUACGACUAUUCCUACAAGGACUACAGCGAGCCGCUUCCCGACAGCGAGGCCGGCUUCCCCGAUAGUCACAUGGGCCCCGCCCUGUCUGCUGUCAUUGACCAGGGAGGCGCAUCGGUGAGAGCCCUGAAAGGGGAGAAGGGAGAACCUGCUGUCCUAGAGCCUGGCAUGUUGAUUGAAGGACCCCCAGGACCGGAAGGACCAGCAGGUCUCCCUGGCCCCGCUGGCCCUUCGGGACCCCCGGGUUCUGUGGGUGAUCCUGGCGAGAGGGGACCCCCCGGUCGUGCGGGACUGCCUGGAGCCGAUGGAGUGCCUGGUCCCCCCGGGACCUCUGUCAUGCUGCCUUUCCGGUUUGGCAGCAGUGGAGGGGAUAAGGGCCCUAUUGUCUCUGCACAGGAAGCUCAGGCCCAAGCUAUCUUGUCCCAGGCCCGGUUGGCGCUGAAAGGCCCUCCUGGACCAAUGGGAUUCACCGGUAGACCCGGGCCCUUGGGUUCCCCUGGAAGUUCUGGCUUGAAAGGCGAUAUUGGAGACCCAGGCCCUCAGGGCCCCAGGGGACCUCAGGGAUUGUCUGGACCCCCGGGAAAAUCAGGCCGAAGGGGUCGAGCCGGAGCUGAUGGUGCCAGAGGCAUGCCCGGUGAAUCGGGUGGGAAGGGCGAUCGUGGGUUCGACGGGCUGCCUGGUCUCCCUGGUGACAAGGGCCACAGGGGAGAAGCUGGAGGCAUGGGACCACCAGGUCCAACCGGAGAGGACGGAGAAAGGGGAGACGAUGGGGAGGUUGGACCCAGAGGACUGCCAGGUGAACCCGGACCCCGUGGGCUGUUGGGACCCAAGGGCCCCACUGGGAUCCCAGGACCCCCUGGCGUGCGAGGAAACGAUGGUCCUCAUGGACCAAAGGGAAAUCUGGGUCCUCAAGGUGAGCCAGGACCCCCUGGGCAGCAAGGUACUCCAGGAACUCAGGGAAUGCCAGGACCUCAAGGAGCAACCGGCCCACCAGGGGAGAAGGGACCCACGGGGAAGCCAGGUCUCCCGGGAAUGCCAGGAGCCGACGGCCCUCCAGGUCACCCAGGAAAAGAGGGUCCAGCGGGAACCAAAGGAAAUCAGGGUCCCAGUGGGCCUCAGGGCACUAUCGGCUAUCCUGGACCUCGUGGAAUUAAGGGAACCCAAGGUAUUCGUGGUCUGAAAGGACACAAGGGAGAGAAGGGUGAAGACGGAUUCCCAGGAAUUAAGGGUGACUUUGGAGUGAAGGGAGACAGAGGAGAGUCUGGAGUGACAGGCCCCCGUGGAGAGGAUGGUCCCGAGGGGCCAAAGGGUCGUGUGGGGCCCCCUGGCGAACUGGGACCCCUCGGUCUGGUCGGAGAGAAGGGUAAACUGGGUGUUCCUGGGCUGCCUGGCUAUCCAGGAAGACAAGGACCCAAGGGUUCCCUUGGUUUCCCAGGAUUCCCUGGUUCCAACGGCGAGAAGGGCACAAGGGGCUUGAUUGGAAAGUCUGGACCAAGAGGACAAAGAGGACCAACGGGGCCCAGGGGUCAGCGAGGCCCGCGGGGGUCAACUGGAAAGCCAGGAGCCAAGGGUACGUCAGGUGGUGAUGGGCCCCCAGGUCCCUCCGGGGAGAGGGGACUGCCUGGACCUCAAGGAGCGAACGGAUUCCCUGGACCAAAGGGGCCUCCUGGACCUCCAGGGAAAGAUGGACUGCCAGGACACCCAGGGCAGCGGGGAGAAGUGGGUUUCCAAGGGAAGACUGGUCCACCUGGGCCUCCCGGCGUUGUUGGUCCUCAGGGGCCCUCUGGUGAGACCGGCCCUAUGGGCGAGCGUGGGCAUCCCGGCCCCCCGGGGCCUCCCGGAGAACAGGGACUCUCGGGGCCUUCUGGAAAAGAGGGGACGAAGGGCGACCCGGGAAUCCCUGGACCUCCCGGCAAGGACGGCCCAUCCGGUCUGAGGGGAUUCCCAGGGGAGAGGGGACUGCCAGGCACACCCGGUGGUGGAGGACUGAAGGGAGGAGAGGGACCUGCAGGACCUCCUGGCCCAGCGGGCUCCCCAGGUGAAAGAGGGCUAGCAGGCGGCGCAGGCCCCAUCGGCCCCCCAGGGAGACCCGGCCCCCAGGGACCCCCGGGACCAGCAGGGGAGAAGGGAGUUCCCGGUGAGAAAGGUCCGAUCGGUCCGGCCGGACGUGAUGGUGUCCAAGGCCCCGUGGGUCUCCCGGGCCCCGCUGGACCCCCAGGCGUUCCUGGAGAGGAUGGCGACAAGGGUGAAGUUGGAGAACAUGGCCAAAAAGGAGGCAAAGGAGAGAAGGGAGAGCAUGGUCCUCCUGGUCCACCAGGGCCAAUGGGUCCAGUUGGUCAACCUGGAGCUGCUGGUGCUGACGGAGAGACAGGGCCCAGGGGACAGCAGGGUCCGUUUGGGGCCAAGGGUGAUGAAGGUUCCAGGGGAUUCCCAGGACCUCCGGGGCCUAUUGGACUGCAGGGAUUGCCUGGCCCAUCGGGAGAAAAGGGAGAGACGGGAGACACUGGACCCAUGGGACCCCCUGGACCUCCUGGACCACGUGGUCCUGCUGGCCCCAACGGUGCCGAUGGUCCUCAAGGUCCUCCUGGUGGUUUGGGUAACCCAGGCAACCAGGGCGAGAAGGGUGAGCCUGGAGAAUCGGGACCACCUGGAAUAACUGGGGAGCCAGGUAAAAAGGGCCCUCGCGGCGAGCGUGGAGAGAAGGGCGAAGCCGGACAGCCAGGAGCGGCGGGGCCCGCCGGUGGGAAGGGCCCGCCCGGAGACGACGGACCCAAAGGGAACCCUGGCCCUGUUGGUUUCCCCGGUGACCCUGGCCCCGCUGGUGAAGUCGGUCCCCGGGGUCAAGAUGGAGCAAAGGGAGAGAGAGGAGAGGACGGCGAACAAGGACAAGCAGGCUCCCCCGGACCCACUGGUGAGAAUGGACCUCCUGGCCCCCCAGGAAAGAGGGGUCCUGCUGGGACAAGAGGACCUGAGGGACGACAGGGGGAGAAGGGCAGCAAGGGAGACCCAGGUGCCAAUGGCCCCCCAGGGAAGACUGGCCCCGUGGGGCCACAGGGCCCCCCAGGAAAACCAGGAACGGAAGGCCUGAGAGGACUUCCCGGAUCAGUGGGUGAGCAAGGUUCCCCAGGCCUGUCAGGGGAGAAGGGACCUCCAGGACCCAUGGGCCCCCCAGGGCUGCCCGGACUGCGAGGAGACCCUGGCGCCAAGGGGGAGAAGGGCCACCCGGGUCUCAUCGGCCUGAUCGGGCCCCCCGGAGAACAGGGAGAGAAGGGCGACCGGGGCCUCUCGGGGCCACAAGGCUCCACGGGACCCAAGGGAGAACAGGGUAUCGCAGGAGGAAGUGGUCCCCUGGGCCCUGCUGGACCCCCAGGCCUUCCCGGUCCGGAAGGUCUGAAAGGAGCGAAGGGCGCUACGGGCGGUGCUGGUCCGAAAGGCGAGAAGGGCGUGCAAGGACCCCCUGGAGCUCCAGGCCCCCCAGGAGACGUGAUUCAGCCCCUGCCCAUCCAGAUGCCCAAGAAGUCCAAGCGCUCGAUCGACGCCAGCAGGAUCGUGUCGGAGGCGGAGCCAGAGGCGGAGCUGCCGGCGUCGGACGCGGCGGGGGCGGAGUUCCUGACGGGCUCGGAGGGCAUGGAGGAAAUCUUCGGAUCGCUGAACUCCCUGCGGCUGGAGAUCGAGACCAUGCGCUACCCGCUGGGCACCCAGGACAGCCCCGCUCGAACCUGCCAGGACCUCAAACUCAGCCAGCCCAACCAUCCGGACGGAGAGUACUGGAUCGACCCCAACCAGGGCUGCUCCCGCGACUCCUUCAAGGUCUUCUGCAACUUCACCGCGGGCGGGGAGACCUGCCUGUACCCCAGCAAGAGCGUCGAGACGGUGAAGAUGAACUAUUGGGUGAAGGAGACACCAGGUUCCUGGUACAGUCAGUUUAAAACAGGCAGCAAGUUCUCAUACGUAGACUCUAACGGCGAGCCCGUGGGCGUGGUCCAGCUGGGCUUCCUGCGGCUCCUGAGUGUCCAGGCCCGACAGAACCUCACCUACCACUGCCACCGAUCCGUGGCCUGGGCCGACCGCACUGCCAACGACAGCCACCAGAGGGCGCUGCGCUUCCUGGGGGCCAACGAAGAGGAGCUCAGCUACGAGACCAGCCCUUACGUCAAGGCCCUCGUGGACGGCUGCUCUUAUCGCAAGGGCUUUGACAGGACAGUGCUGGAGGUGAACACACCCCAGAUGGAGCAGCUCCCCCUGCUGGACAUCAAGAUCUCAGACUUUGGGGACAUUAACCAGCAAUUUGGCUUUGACGUGGGACCUGUCUGUUUCCUGGGCUGAAACAAGCACACACACAAACACACACACACACACACACAUUAACACACACACACACACACAAAGUCAGAAAAGGAAACCGAAACCUACCAGUAUUUUCACUGAUACACACAUAUGCACCACUUAAAUACAUCUGGCACGUUCUAUAUACAUAGUUCAAAAAGAUGAGGAACAAAGACACACAUACACACACACACUCACUUAAGUACACGCCCAGGGAAAACAUGUCGCAACGAAACCGAUGGAGAACAGGAGAAGAGAGAGAAUAUAAAGAAAUAGAACUCAAAUGCCCUCGCAGUGAGAGAGAGGGAAAGAUCUAUUUUCAGGAUGAUGCAAAAAAGAAGUUCUGACAGAACGCAGUAUAAAGAGGUGUGUUAAUUGAACACAGCUGGCCCAGAAGUUUUUCGACUUUUAAAAAAAUUGUCCAACAGAGCCCCCCCCUCCCCCACAC